GGGGUCCGGUCUCGCAGAGUCGUCUCGAAAGCCGCUGACGAUACACGCGUCGAUUCACAUAUCCGCGCUCGGUGAUUGAGUACUUGUGUUGCUUGAGGCAUUUCGUGACUGCGCUGUGAAGUUUAUAAGUGAUCGUAAAAGUUAUCUCCAAAUGGUCGUGCUUGAAGACGGAGGAAUGAUGACUACCAACCCUAAUCAAUAUUUACAACCUGAUUAUCUGACGCCUCUUCCGUCCUCUUUAGACUCGAAGAAAAGCCCGCUUGCGCUUUUAGCGCAAACGUGCAGUCAGAUCGGCGCGGACACUUUGCCGACAAAGCCGCUGCUGCCGCCGCUUGACAAGAAAAAAGUGAACAGUGUUAGUGAAUCUAUUAGCCGUUCUUCACCAAACAACAACCAGAGCAAGGAUAAAACCCGGUCAACUCCAGAACAUAACAAACAUUUAGCGUUCAAACCAUACGAAACAAACGUUGUUUCUAAGAAACCAGAAGAAACUAGACCCUCUUCAAAAGCCAGCUCCGAUAGUUCUGAUGAGAAAAAAUCAGGAAAGAGUACUCCUGGAAGGAAAUCAACUCCGCCGUCCACAGAAAAUGGGAAACAUAGUCCAUCGGCAGAAAAUAAAGCUUCGCCGGCGGGUUCCUCCGGAACUAGCCCAAUCAUUCGUUCUGGACUAGAAGUUUUGGGACACGGAAAAGACCACCUUGGUGCAUUUAAGAAUUUACCCGGCCUGCCUGGAUUUAAUCCUCUCGCUGGACUUUGCUGUCCACCCGGAAUGGAGCAGCAUGGAAAUCCUGCAUUUAGACCGCCAUACGCGGGUGCUCCAUUCAGUGCCCAUCAUGCCGCUAUGUUGGCCGCUGCUGCAGCAUUCCCCGGCUCUUCACCAAACCCAUAUCUCGGAUAUGCUAGAGUUAAAACGCCCGCCGGCGGCGAAACCCUCGUUCCUGUGUGCAAAGACCCUUACUGCACAGGAUGCCAAUUUUCCGUCAACAAUCAUCACUUACUAAUGAGCAAUGGAUCAUGCCCCGCCGGCUGCACGCAGUGCGAACAUCAAAAGUACAAUUUAGCGAUGGCAAUGGCUCUCUCACAGCAAGGAGCGGCCGCGGGCGGUCUGCCGUACCCGCAGCUCGGCAGGCCUUACGUUUGUAAUUGGAUUGUCGGAGAAUCAUACUGUGGAAAGAGAUUCGGAAAUUCUGAAGAGCUUCUGCAGCAUUUAAGAAGUCACACGACGGACGGUGCGACAACUUCGACAGCGCAAUCUACGCAGCCAUCAUUGUUAAAUCCCUUAAACCCACUUUUCACAACUGCCGGACUUCGCAGUGCGUACCCAACGGCUCCUCUGAGCCCGUUGUCCGCAAGCCGGUACCACCCUUACUCCAAAACUGGCCUUCCCGCGAGUCUUGGUGCUUCACCUUACGGUGCCUUCAACCCAGCACUGGGGCCCUUCUACUCUCCAUACGCCAUGUAUGGUCAAAGACUCGGAGCAGCUGCUGUGCAUCAGUAAAAGGAAUGCAGUGAAAUUAGUCGGUUUUGGACUGGUAAUUUAAUAUUGUAAUGUCCAAUUUUCUUCUGUGAUAUCGAUAGACUCUAAUUCAUGUUCUAAGGCGUCGACCGCCAUGACAAAUUUAGUGAUUAGUGCAAUUUAUCAUAGUUAUUUAUGUAAGUGAACUUGCCGACGGAGCUGCUUCUACGCGAGUUGUGUAAUUGAGAACUCUGUACAGCCAAAUGAUUUGUGUAAAUAAUAAUCUCUAUGUUUAAUAUUAAAUGGAUUAUUUCAAAUAUAUCUACAUACCAAACUUAA